AUGAGGAUUAUCAUAUUUUCUUGGCACUUUCUUUGGGUGUAUUCCGCCCUUUGGGGGUUGGCGGCAGGGGCUUUCCCCAGCUCAGUGCAGAUAGGUGGACUGUUCAUUAGGAAUACAGAUCAGGAGUACACAGCAUUCCGACUGGCUAUCUUCCUCCACAACACCAGCCCGAACGCUACAGAAGCUCCUUUUAACCUGGUUCCACAUGUCGACAACAUAGAGACUGCCAACAGCUUUGCUGUCACCAACGCAUGUAAGUGA